GCUGGCAUGUGUGGGACCCGAGCCGAUCCUGAGGGAGCAGCAGAGCGUUUUCGCGCUUUUUGUGAGUCAGGAGCUUGCGGUCGGCAAAGUAGUGCGGUUCGGCAAAAGCCCGAGUCAUGUGCUGCAAAGGAGAAAGCCUUCAUGUAUUGUCCAGCUCCAGCUUGCAUCGUUUGGGUGGUAGUAGGCUUUGGGGAUGGAGAUUGUCUGCCUUUUUUGAGUUGGCUAGCUCCCUCGCUCGCAUGCUGAGGGCCCCUGUUUUAUAACCGGCACCCUCGGCACGCCCACGCCCCUUCCUCGUCGCCAUCCUGCUGCUCCUCCAUCUCAGCAUUUGUUUUUCCCGCACUCUUAGCCAUGACCGCCGAUACGCGUGACCUCGCCGAGCCUCUGGUAGUGCCAGAGCCAUCCAAGACCGCAGCCCCCGACAAGGGCGAGAGCACGACCAGGGUGGGCUUCAAUGUGCUGAAUGCUAUUGUGGGCAGCGGCAUUGUGUGUCUCCCGUACGCACUGCAUAACGCCGGCUUCUUCUUCGGUGUCUUCAUGCUCGUUGUGAUUGCCGGGCUCUCCCAGUUCACGCUCUACGCUCUGGUGCGCACUGGGACGCGUACAGGCACUGCGCAUUUUUCGUCAGUGACUGAGGCUGCGCUGGGCAGAUUUGGCUACCACGCUCUGAACGUCAGCAUGCUGGUGGACAUGCUGGGCACGGUAAUCCUGUAUCUAAUGCUCAUUGGCGACCUUGUCGAGUCGCUGGUCCAGAUCUACGCGCCGGUGCAGGUUUCGCGCGGCGUGCUACUGUCGGCCAUUGCGAUUGUUGUGAUCCUGCCACUUCUGUUUUUCCGCAACACCGGUCCGCUGGCUCAAUUCUCGAUUGUCUCAGUCCUGUGUCUGCCGUAUAUCAUCAUGGUGGUGGCUAUGCGUGCACCCCUGUAUGCCGGCGAGUCUUCCGUUAACUUCGAUGUCUUUGGCCCGCGCAUUCUGCCUGCCAUGGGCGUGCUGGCCUUUACGUAUAGCUCGUGCCAUGCGGCGUUCCCCAAUUUCCUGGGUCUGCGCGACCGGUCUAUCGGGAAUUGGGUCCGGGCGUCGGCCGCAGCCACAACUGGUGCCACAGCCAUCUCGAUGGCGUUUGCUGUGACCGGAUUCCUGGCCUUUGGCAGCUCGGCCCAGGCCAAUGUGCUGAUGAACUUCCCCGAUACCGACAACUGGGUCAACUUUGGCCGCCUGCUGUUUGCCGUCACGAUGGUGCUGACCACGCCCAUGGCAUUCUACCCGGUGCGCGAUACUCUGACCGAGAUCCUGAAGAUCGAUCCUGAGCGCCAUGCCGUCAGCACAGUCUACGAGUCCACAUGCACCGUGGUGGUGUUUGUCAUGUGCACCGCUGUUGCCAUCGUGUGUCGCGACUUGGGUCUGGCCUACGAGCUGAUCGGGUCGCUGACUGCCAGCGUCAUCAACUUUGUCCUGCCUGGGCUCGUCUACCUGUGGGCUGGCACUGAUGUUUCGGUGGGCAUGAUCUUGAGCCGCCAGAGCCUCGAGAGCGCGCCGCUGCUGGGCGGGACUCCGGUCAGACUCACUGCCUGGAGCCUGGCCAAGUGGGUGGUGGCAUGGAUGGUCGUGCUAUUCGGCUUCUGGAUAAUGGUGCUAGGAACGUACAAUAUCCUUGCAACCGCUUAAAAUUAUUUUUGAAGAGCAAAUGUAUUAUUUUCAACUACA